AUGGAGUAUUACUACUGUCCGCGUCUGCUGAAGUUUCUGCAGUAUUUGUGGGACCAGCUGAAGCAGUGCUUCUCCAGACAGCCCCCAGCAGCCAAGGACACCGACACGCUGGUGCGGGAGCCCGACAGCCAGUACGGCACCUGGAGCGAGCAGCGGCACAGCGGGGACAGCUUUGUGCCCGAAUCUCCUUCCUUGGAAAAUGAUGUCAUUUCAACGAGAAAGCAGCCUCCAAAUAGCCACCCAUCGUCACUGUCCUCACAAACAGAACCUGCCUCCCUGGCUGAUCACCAUGACUACUCAAAAGACCAAAGGAGCACAAGUUUGGACCGUUCCAGCACUGACAUGGACUCAACCGACGGGACCGAUUUACCUCCUCCGGGAGACACCUACCCUGAUGGAAAGGCCACUGAUUUCUCUUUCAUUGAUCAAACCACUGUUCUGGACUCCAGUGCCCUGAAAACUCGUGUGCAGCUCAGCAAAAAGAGACGCCGUCGGGCUCCUAUCUCCCACUCUCUUAGAAGAAGCAGAGGGCUGGAGUUUGAAAACAGAUUUUCUUUGACAGAAGAACCAGAUAAUACCUGGAUGUUUAAAGAUUCCACAGAAGAGAAGCAAACUAUGCAACAGGAAGAUUCUGAUGAGGAAGACAAGAUACAGCAUCCUGCGAGAUCGUCUUCUGUACAUGCUCAGAGACUUCCCGUGUUUCCAGGAAUGGACCACUCUGUUCUCAAGGCUCAGCUGCGGAAAAGACAAGAGUCUGAGAGUCCUGGCGAAAUGGGUUCUGCUCAGCUCUUCAAAUCCCCCAAACCACAACUGCAGCUUGGAACGCCUGGCAGCAGACUGCUGCCCUCCAGUGUAGAGAAGGAGGACAGGUCAGAAGAAAAGUCUCCACAGUGGCUGAAGGAGCUGAAAUCAAAGAAGAGACAGAGCCAUUACGAGAAUCAGGUUUGAAAAGAUAGCGAUUCUAACUAGAAGAAGCUAAAGAAGUUUAACAGAAGCCUUAACUCAUCUGAACCUAAAAUUCACAUGUCAUGUUGCUGCUGUUUGCUUCCUGCCUCAACUGCUAUGUGCAUGGUGCCUUCCUGUUCCGUGGAGAAAGCUGCUUCAUCUUCAUAGUCAAAUACAAAGCUGUAUCUUCCCAGACACGGGCGGAGAGGCGUGGUAGUCCUGCCUGGAAGGAGAUC